GAAAACUUUAAAUGUACCCUAUCAGUUUGAAAUUGACUCAUUUUUGUUCCGUAAAUUAGAAAAUUUUCAUAGUAGUUACAUUACAUUGAGGGUACAUUUACAGUACAGAAUUUCUUUUCAGAUGCUAAAUCGAGGAAAUACAAGGGCUGCGAAUCAUCCUCGAUGCGUAGACGAACGAACCUGCAAAUUCUGUUCAACAACACCACCAUUAUACCGUUCAAAUGGCGCGGGAAAUACCUCUGCUUUUACUGCAGCAAAGAUAUAUCAGAAUAUUCGGAAUUGAGGAAACAUACCAAAUCUCACGGCGACUGUUCCACGAGAGACCAUUCGUUGAAAGUCCUCAAAGGGGGACAGAACAUGGAAAUCAAAAUCGACGUCUCUGAUAUUACGUGCGAAAUAUGCAACGAACCCUUUCCGUCAUUCGACGAAAUACUCUCCCAUCUUUAUGUCAAACACAAAUUGGAAUACGAUAAGGACGUUGAUAUGGCUAUCGAAGAAUACAGACUGGUAGAUCUCACUUGCCUCGUCUGUGGCGAGAAAUUCGCCUACUUCGGUUAUUUGGUCUCUCACGUCAACAACACCCAUCCCAAAAAGUGCCUCAUUUGCGAUAAAUGUGAGCAAAAGUUCAAUAAACAACGAGAUCUGUUCUCUCACAUCAAAAAUUACCAUAGAGAAGGCGGAUACCAGUGCGAAGCGUGCCCCCAAAGCUUUAGUUCCCUCAAUAUCUUGCGGAAACACAAAAAUAAUAGGCAUUUGACUAGAUGUAAUAUUUGUCAUUUGAAAUUGCCUUCAGCAGUUUUAAAACAGAAGCAUAUGGACUUAGAACACCCAGACGACGGGUCUUUAAUUUGCGACAACUGCUCCAAAGAAUUCCACACGAAGCAAGGCCUGAAAAUGCAUAUACGGAAAUGCAAAGCCGAAGACGAACUCUUCGACAUCGAAAUAAAGAAGGAAGAAGCGAUGGACUACGAUGAAAGUUGCGAAGAAGUGAAAAGACCCAGUGUCAAACAAAUUAGGGAAAAUAUAGUCAUAGUUAUCAAUAUGUCUACAGCGAUACCGUUUAAUUUUUAUAAGAAUAAGUUCAACUGCUUUUAUUGUUCCAAAGAUUUCGCGGAUUCGGACUCGAUGAGAGAGCAUACGGUGAUGGAGCACCCAGUGUGUGAUAUAAAAGAAAAAUGCAUACGGAAAUGUAGGGAAUCGGUUGCGUGCGUAAAAAUUGACGUGUCUUCUCUCGCGUGCAAAAUCUGCUUUGAAUCUAUGCGAGAUUUAGACAGCUUAUUAGACCAUUUGAUUCUGAAACACGAAGCGAACUACGACAAGUCCAUAACAACAUGCUUGCAGCCUUACAGACUGAUCAAAGACCACAUGGCCUGCCCGCACUGUCCGGGAGAAGUGUUUAGGUUCUUCGGGACGUUGUUGAAACAUAUGAACAAGAAUCAUACGAAUAACAAUAUAAUAUGCGUGUACUGCGGUGAAACGUUUAGACGCGACCAGAAUCUAAGAGUGCACAUAUGGCGGCACCAUAGGGACGGGCGAUUCAAAUGCACCAUAUGUGAUGCAGAAUGUAACAUACCAUCUAGGUUGUAUAUGCACAUGGCAAAAGCCCACGGUGUAAAAGCGGCAAAAUGCCCGAAAUGCCCUGAGAGUUUUGCCACCCAAUAUCUGAGGCAGAAGCAUUUGAUAGAAGCACACGACUCAGGGCAUAAGUGCACUUAUUGCGGCAAACUGUUCACAAGGAAUUCCUUCAUGAGAGAUCAUAUCAGAAGAACUCAUCUGAAAGAGAAGAACGUAGAAUGUUCAAUAUGUAGUAUGAAAUUCUUCAACAACAUUCUUCUUAGAAGACACAUGGUGAAGCAUAGCGGGGAGAAGAAUUUCCAUUGCGACAUGUGUGGCGAGAGAUUCUUCUGGCGGAAAAGCCUCCGAACUCACAUGGCUAGGCACAAUAAGCACAUACAACUGUAAAUGUAGUUAGAAACAUGUUAUCUACGUAUGAUUUGAAUAAAUUGAUGAUUGCCAUCUCCAAAACCUUUUAUGAAGAUUAAUGGUUACGUUACCUUAUUUUGAGUUUCG